UCGAUGAAAAAAUACCGUGUAUGGUAGUCGCCGGCGGAUAGACGCGCGAAUGCGGAGGUGUUCCGGGUGAGAGCGCCGGCGUCUCUGGCUGUGGGGGAUGCCGGGAGUGGAUCGGGGUCCGGGCUGGCGUGCAAGGGGGGAUAUAUAUGGAAGGGGCGUUGGACAGACCGGGGUUAAGAGCCCCGAGGUUCGAGGAUUCGAGGAGCAGUAUUCGCCCAUGUCCUCGGCAGUCGACCCUUCGCACGGCCGGGUUCCCGAGAGAGGCCGGGAAAGCAGCAGCAGAGGAGUCGUUGCACCGCCUGGUACGCCCUUCUGAUGGACAGAUGGUACAAAAGACUUCCCUUCCAACUGACAGACCACCAUUUCGUUUUUUCCGUUCGUUUUAGCCCCGCAAAGCGCCCAGCGUGUAGCCGACGUCCACGAGCGGUGGCCAUACCCGUCUGACCAGUCCCGCGAGCAGCCAGAGAACAUGAUAGGCCCCACCCCAGCCUUCUACGAGCCAGACCAGGCCCAGCAGCCCCAGACGCACGACUACCAGCAGUGGAUCGACAACCCAGUCUACGCCCACAACUUCAUGCCGAACUAUCCCCAACACCACCAGCCACAGCACCAGCAGCAUGCUCAGCACCAUCUCCAACAGCAGCAACAACAACAACAACAACAGCAGCAGCACCAGGAGCCAGCCCCGAACCAGUACCAGUUCGUCCACUCCGCCCACUCCGCCCCGCUCAACACCUCCUACUUUCCCACCGCCCAACCCGCCCAGCGCUACCCACAACAGCAGCAACUCUCCGCCCGCCAGAACCUAUACGGGGCCCCACAGGACGCGCUCCAGGGCUACUCCCAACAACACACGCAGCAGUCCCAGCCUCAGCAACAGUUCACCUUCGAGCACUACGGCGCGGGUGGCGGCGGCGGGCUCGAUCAGUCGUACCCGCCCUCGUCGGACCAUUUGGCGCCGUACACGCCCAUCUCGGACGGGUCCUCCAUCCACACCUCCAUCUCGCCCCAAUGGGCUGAUCAGAUCCUGCCUCCCAGUACGGGUGGCGUGCCAACUACCAGCGCCACGGCGGCACCGGCGACGAACAACCCAUCUUCGACCACCUCGACCUCCGCCGCGCAGGCGCCCAGCGCGCCAACGAAUCCGAACCCGAAGAGAGAUCGCGCUGCCGCAUCUAAGCCUCCAGCGAAGACGAAAGGUCGGAAGAGGCCGAAGAAGGAUGUCGACGAGAGCGAGUCUGACGACGACGACGAUGACGACGGCCAUACCGACAUUCCGAGCAUUCGUGGAGGAGGGGGAGGAGGAGGGAGCAGAGCGGGUGGCGGUGGCGGGCAGACGGUGUUCUCAGCGGGAGGCAUGCAUUUGCUUCCGCCGGGGAACCAGAGCCAGGUCGGAUUGCCACAACGCCUACCCGGAGCGUGCACGUAUUGCAAGAAAUUGAAGAUGAAAUGCGACUUCCCGAAGAACGAGAACGUCUGUAAGCGGUGUAAGCAGGGUGGGCAUCGGUGUGUCGUCGAGGGGCGGAAGCCGAGGAGUGCGCCGAAUAAGCGCGAAUACUUGCUUGCUCAGAUCCGACAGAAAGACACGAUCAUCGAGUCGUUGCUCAAGCAGUUACACAACCCCUACCUCGCCUCCCCACUUUCCAUCGCCGCCUACCGCAUGGCCACUCCCGACUCGGACUCACACCGCGACAGCGUCAUCUCCUGGCUCGACCGCAUGAAAGCCUCGUCCUCCGCCCGGAACGCACUCGCCGCCCAAAUCGGAGUCGGGAACGCGAACCCGUUCACGCUCGAAUCUCGAGGCGGCGCAAAAUCCAAUAACGGGGACGAGUCCGACGACGACGCUGAUCACGAUGGGAAUACGACCACCGCCGGAGGACAAGGUGUUACGGUCAAUGUGGAGAGCGAGGAAGAGACGUCGCCGAAUACGCUUGUCGAUCCGGAAACGGAAUCGUACCCGGGUUUGCCGGAUUCGGCGGUCCCGCUGGGAUUGUUGGCUACACUUUCGAUUAGUAGUUCGAUUGAGAAGGGAUUGGGCGGGUAUGGGAGGAGUAAGAGUAAGAGUCGGGGUGGGUCGAGUGUCGGUGCGGGUGCGGGUGGGGAUGGGGGGAGUACGAGGACUGCGGGGGGUGGGGCGGAGAAGCAGGAGCCGGAUGAAGACGAUGAUGUCGGUGUCGCGAAUGAUACGUAUUUCAUGCCGGGGCCGUCGCAGGAUUUGGAGCUUAGGGCGACGUUGAUUGAGAAGAUUACGCCGCCGGAUAUCUUGAUCCAUGGGCUUGUGACGCCGGAGGAGGUGGAUACGUUGUUUGAGAUCUUCUAUGCACGCGUGAACCCCUUCAUUUCGCUCCUCGACCCUGUCUUGCACACGCCCGCGACGACCUUCUCAAGGUGCCCCUUCCUCUUCACCGUCAUCUGCGCCAUCUCCUCCCGCUACUCCGAGAAGACCGAGGUGUACCCGAUCGCGAUGCACUUCGCCAAGUCCGCGGCGGCGAACGCGCUCAUCGACGGCUGGAAAUCGGUCGAGCUGUGUCAGGCGUAUAUAUUGAUGAGUAUAUACGCUGUGCCGGCGAGGAGGUGGGAGGAGGAUAGGUCGUGGUUGUAUACUGGGCUGGCUAUCAGGAUUGCUACGGAUUUGAACUUGCAUCAGCCGCCGACGUCGAAGCCGCAGAACGAGACGCAGGAAAGGGAGAUGCUUAACCGUGCGAGGGUCUGGCAGAUCUGCUUUAACCUUGAUAGGAGUACGGCGACGCAGUUCGGAAAGCCGUCGACGAUCAAGGAGGAUUACAUCAUCCGGCACUCGGCGGACUGGUACAAAAAAUCAAAGUACAACCUCGAACACGACGUCCACCUGAACGCAUACACCUCGCUCCUGCGGAUCGUCGCCAAGUUCCACGAACAUGUCUUUUCCGACCCGGAGGCGCCGACGGGCUUGAAUCAGCAUAUCAACUUCCGCGAGGUGACGCAGAUGCAUGAUAGGGAGCUGACGAAGUAUCAUGAGGAGUGGCAGAAGAGGUUUGAGGAGGAUUCGGACCAUAGCGAUCCGGGGUGCGAGUUUAGGUGCAAGUUGUUGCCUUUCUUGGUCAAUUACUCGAGGCUCGUGAUGUAUUCGUUUGGGUUCCAGCAGGCGUUCCAGAGGGGGAUGGGCACAAAUGACGAGAUCUUCUUCACGAAGUGUCUCGAUUCUGCGAAGAUGGUAGUUCGUACCAUGGUCGACUCUCUUGCUCCCAGCGGCUACAUGCGCUUCGCGCCCGAUGGCCACUUUGUGUUCUCCUCUUUCGCAUCCGCCUUCCUGCUCAAACUCCUUCGCCCCGAAUUCGCCCGUUAUCUUCCUGACGGCCAACAGACCGAGAUCUUCGAGCUCAUUGGCCGCCUUAUCCAGACCCUCGGCUCCUCCAACAUCGCCAUCGACGAACGUCACACUCCGAAGCUCUACUCGCGCUUCCUCGCCGGUUUGUUAUCCAGGCAUAGGACUGACGGUGCCACGAGCGGGAGGCUGCACACCCAGCCGCCUCCGAGUCACUACCAGCAGUCUUCGCCCUCUGGGUCAUCGCACUACGAUGAUCAGGGCCAACAGCACCACCAUCAGCAGCAGCAGCAACAACAGCAACAACAGCAUGCUAAUGGUGGUGUCGGCGGAGGAAUGCCCGGAUCGACGACGCUCAGUCAUAUCGAUACGUCGUUCGGAUUGUCGCCGCACCACUCUGGUCAUGGUCAGCAGGGGCCACCACAGCUCGUGGAGCCUAUAUACGAGCCUGAGGCGACGUAUAAUGUGGGGACGGGCCCGUUGGAUAUGGAUGCUAUGAACGUCGUGUUCGAUGGGUCUGGGUCGGGAUUGAGCGAUGAGGUUUUGGCGACGAUGCAGGCGAUCAAAAACCCGGCUUGGUGGCAGAACAUGAUGAUGCCUGGGUUUACGUGGCCUGAGAUGUCGAUGGCUGGGAACGUCAACGCGAACGUCAACCACGGUCAUUCGCCAUACCAGAGCGAUGUGAACGGAGACGGAGGCCUCGCUGGUGGUGGUGGUGGUAAUUACUAUGCCGCCCCGUCCUCGAACCUGGGGAUGGGCGGCAUGCCCAUGGGGUACUCCAACUUCCAGACGGCUCAAGCGGCGCCGGUACAUCUGGGUUAGAGCCGCUUGGAGUCUUCUGUGUACAAAAACAAACUACUUCUCCUUCUUUGAUAUCUUUUUGUUUCUUUUUGAUUUACCUACCUCUUUUUGCUUUGUCCGUCCGUCAACUCUCCAAAUAUGUCUCCAUAUGUCGACUCUUACCUACCUGCCUACCUCGGUGCCCCAGCCGUGAUCUGUACACUCCCCGGAACGUGUUUCAAUAUCUCCGAAUCUUCCAAGACUCUGACCUCUGUCCCCCCUCUCGUCCUCGUCCCCUCGUGAAUGUACUUUUACGGCCGAUGGCCUUACAGCAUAUGUAGUCUUCCCCAUGUCCGUAUCUUUUCUCUCUUGAUUUGUUGGUUUUGUUGGUUUUUUCCCGUCAUGUUGGUGAGAUGGAUCCCCUUUUGCAAAAGUCCUUGUCGGUGGCUGGUUCGAUGUACCCAGGCUACAUGUCGAUGUCGAUGUUGGGUUUGCUUCUUACAC